UCAACAGCAGCAUAUUUUUGCCAGUUCAUUCAUUGCAAGUUUCGAUUACCCCGCGACAGAUGAUCAACAAUGUAAUCAAUUUUCCCGUGGCGUCGGUCUGUGUGUGUCGAUUGCAGGCAUAAUGCAAGCAUGUCUCGCCGGCGAUUCGGUAAUAAUCAUCGCUGGGCGAACGCCGUGCCGGCCGGAGCGGAGGACGAUGACGACAACGAUGGACUGAUUGACGAUGAGCCCGACGAUCGUCUAGAGAAAUUCGGAGAGAUUCAGAUCUCGCGGAUGGUGGAAGAAGAAGAGGAUGAGCCGUGUCUGGAGGAAGAGAUGCUGUUUGGACGACCGCGUCGAGCACAGCCUGUUGCGCCUGCCUUCCAUGCCUGGUCUUCCUUGGGAGUGAAUGAGCGCAGCUCUGAUGAGGAAGAACCUUAUUUUAUGAAAUCUCAAGCGCUGGCGAUGCCGGGCAAGCAGGUGCAUCAGCCGGAUACGCGGACGGAUCGGGAUUUGGUGGAUUUUCUCCGCGCCUUCGACUGCGAAGAGGCGUAUGAUGUUCUGCAACAGCGCGGAAUUUCCCUGCGUCAGCUGCUGGAAAUGACGGACGAUGAUAUUUCUGAUGUAAGCGAUUGCUUGUACGGUAUUAUCUGAUAGUUGUGGAAACUUAAGCCUGCGAAUGUUCCGCUUCCGUUUCGAAAAAUUAAGAAACAUCAGAAAACGAGAAAUCAGUCUGCAUGGAAUAAAUUCAAUUUUUUAAAUAAUUAUAUUAUUUUUAUUUUAUUUAGUAUUUUUGUUUUGCAUAUCAGCGAAAGCGUACCUUGUAAAUUUGUAAUUAUUGAUUGCAGGCUUUUUUUCAUUUUGCUUUGUUUCGUUGUAUAAGAAAGUCUUUACUUGUACGUUUUCACGUAUC